GUCCACAGACAGAGAGCCAUAGGGUGGGAGUGACGGCGUGAAAGAGGGAGCGGGGGUCCCCGACUUACCGACCGAAAAACGACCCACCCAUGGAUGGCAGCCAUUGCAUUCGUAGACAAAUGUAUAGAGACAGACAGACAGACAGACAGUCGCUCAUCUCUCCCUCGACAUACAUAUGCGAUAGAUACACAGAUAGAUUGAUGGGUGGAUAGCACCAGAGGUGUGUGUUUCUAUCUGGCGAGCGGAAAAAAGAGUGAUGGACACGGCUGGACUGACUUGGUGGCCGUUGAGCGGUCAGUUGCUUUGUCUGGUAUUGUCCAUGAGCUGAUGAUAUCUAUCGGAUACUCGGUGGGAGAAAAUCCGAUAGAUAUCAUCAGCCCACCUGCAGGACCAAACAAGGCAGCGCCCGCCGCCAGCAUACUCACUCCGUCAUAGAUGCUUCCAUGGUUCGUGCGAUACGAAGCCAGACAUACAGACAGACAGACAGACAGACACCCGCUCUCAAAUAUACAACACACACCCCACUCGUCCUUAUCUUUUGUCUGUCUGCAGCUUGACGCACGUGAGCAUGAAGGUAUGUAAGAUAAAGACAAUGAAGGGAUAGACAGCGGACAGACAAACAGGGAAAAACUCAGUCAAUGCACCCACUGCAGCCCCCAUCCAUUCUCACGUCUGACACUCAGACGUCCAGCAGACACGUGUCGUCGCCCCGCCGGCCAUUGGGCGACCCGCCAUCACUUCCACCACUCGCCAUGAGAGAGGCGAAUGGCGGCCGCCCGCCCCUCCACCCCACUGUCUCAUUAAUACUGUUCUCGUCACCGCCAGCCAUCUCCACGUCGAUGCUGCUGCGCGUCGAUUGCGUCGAGAAGGAACCGGCCCACUUGUCGUCAGAGGAGAGGGGGGGCGACAGGGGGAUGUCGGUCGUCUCGUCGAUGUCAGCUGUGUCGGGGUCGCUCUUGACGAGUUGGUACUGGAUGCGCUGGGAGUGGAGGGGGGGGGGGGUGUAGGAGUAGGGAACCGUCUCAAAGCUAUCGGCGGGGGCGCCGCUCAUCUCGCUGCCGUAGAUGUGCGCCUCGACUGCGUGUUGGCUGUCGUUGGGGUUGCCGAUGUCCUUCUCGAACAGCUGCACAUACGACCACACCACAUACGCGAAAUAACCUGUUUGUCGGUCGACACACACAGAGAAACACAAGACAGACAUGGGUGCAGAUGCGAGUGUCUGUCUGCACGAGUGCUGUCUGCGGUCACCGCCGAUGAAGACGUUGCCCACGAGAAGGGCGAAUAUGGUGGUCCUGACGACCGUGCAGGCCUCAGCAAAGCCGGCACUGGCACGCUGCGAGUGGUGGGCAAACAGCUUCUUUCCCUCUGCCUCCAAACCCGCACGCGCCUGAAGGACAGUGGAGGACGCACACACAGGCGGUUGUGUGUCCGUGUUGUGCCCCGCAUUUUUUGUUGGCUGUGGCUGGCAGGGCAAGGUGCUUGGCUUGCUUACUUCGUCGCAGACGAUGGCCAUCCAUACGGCGAGCCAUAUGGUGUCGACGACGAUGCACGUGACGUAGUAGAAGAAGUAGGUCUGCACGGGGGUCAGCCUGCGAUCGGACCUGAAGAUCUCUGCGUGGCGCGACGUGUUCCUGACCACACACAAACACACACACGCAUUCACACGCAAGCCUCUUCGUGUGCCGUGACUGACGGCCUGAUGGCUUGCCUGAAGACGGCCACGAGGCAGAGCAGCGAUAGCGUGAAGCGGACAGCCGCCAAUAGGAGAGCUGCAACCACACAAAACACGACACACACACACACACACAUACACACACGAGAAUGGUUGCCAUCCCUCCCCUCCUUGUCUGUGUUUGCCAUUGCCUACAUAUGCCCUCUGCGACGGGGCCGUUGCCCUCAGCAUACUCUACACACACAACACGACAGCGUCGAACAGUCAGACCAGAUGAGCGUUCGAGCGUCCUGUUCGGCCUGGGUCUAGAAGGUGCGUGUACGAUAGAUACCCUCGAACACGAUGAUGCCCGAGCUCCCGAGGACGGAAAAGAAGGCGUCCGCCUGCACACAGAGAGGAGAGGGACGGACGCACGCGCACAAGACAGCAAACCCCGUGUGUGUACGUGUGUGACACAUGCAUGUGGUUGCAGCCCGUUGGUGUGUCUGUGUGUGACGGGGCCAUACCAUGUCGAGGGAUGCGAUCCAUGUGACUCCCGCCGCCAGUGACUGGCCACAGCAAAACUGACACACCACACGCAGACACACACACACCACAGACAGACAGACAGCCAUGCGUGCGUCAGUGAGAAGAUGGGGAGAUCUCCCUUUCUCCCUCUCCCCGGUGCGUACGGACGGCCUGCAUUGUCUGUGUCUUACCCCAGUCAGUGGCUCCACCUUGAAGCCCAGCAGACCGUCGAACACCAUCUUGCCUCUGGCGCGCCGCCUUGAUAUGCACAAAUGGCGGUGUCCAGGCAACGGGAACGCAGAUCUGUAAAAAAGCAGAUGCGAUAGGGCCUCCUGUCCUCGGAAGCUUUGGUUUUUGUCCGAUGUCGGACUCUCAG